GUAGGUGAGGGCAGGAGGAAAAAAAUACUACCAUUUUAGGGGAGGAUGCAAGCCGCUAUACCAGCCCAUCUAAGGUUUUACAGGCGCACUUAAGUGUCUUUUUAUUGAAAUAAUAAAAUAAACAUGUCGCUAACGAAUUAUUAUUCCAUGAUGGGUGUCCAGACCGAGGAGCCGUUCGGUGCGCAUUUCAUCCCGGGAGGCUUGCAGGGCUCCUCGGCCGGGUGCGCGAAGCCUUCCCGGGUAGCGGAGCAGCAGGAGGAAGAGGAGGAUGAGGAGGGGAGCCUCUGCUCACACAUCCCGGAUUUUUCCCAUUUUUCCAACAAAGCGAGCCUGAAUGGUUUUUCUCCCUGGACAAACACGGCUACCUCCUCCCCGACGUCCUCCCAGCUGCAGUCCGGCCUGUUCCACCCCCUCCUGACGCACCACCAUCCUUACUACGGCCAGCAGCCUCCAUCUCACCCCGAACACCUCGCGGCGUCCGACGGCAGGUUCGUCCGCUGCUGGGAGGGGGUGGCCCCGUCCUCUGAAGCCGCUCUGUCGCAGGUGACGCCCGCUUUCCCCUCGUGUCUCCCCACGCAUCCCAGCCCCACUUAUGAAGCGAUCAAACCAGAGAGCUCCCCUCCAGCCAAGCACAGCGCGGAGGAGUCCAGCUUCAGCAGCCCGGCAGAAGUGGUCCUGGAGCGGCUGGGGACGGCGGAGGAGCUGGGGAAGAAAAACGAGCCGAAGAUGGAGAACGAGGAGAGAAAACCCCGACAGCAGCAGCAGCAGCAGCAGCUGGACCCUGAAAAUCCAUCCGCCAGCUGGAUCCACGCCAAGUCCACUAGGAAGAAGAGGUGCCCCUACACCAAGCACCAAACCCUGGAGCUGGAGAAGGAGUUCCUCUACAACAUGUACCUGACAAGGGACCGGCGUCUGGAGGUGGCAGGACUCUUAAAUCUGACAGAGAGACAGGUGAAAAUCUGGUUCCAGAACAGGAGGAUGAAGAUGAAGAAGCUGAUGAUCCGGGAGAGGAGGAGUAUGAAUGACUGAUGAUGAUCACCAGAGGCUGAGUAUCUCAUGUUUAUAUACGUCUAGUUUUCAUUAGUGUUGCACCGAUGCCAUUUUUUUGGCCCCUAUACUGAUACCCGAUACCUGUAUUGGCCCAUACCGAUACCAUACCGAUACCAUCUGUUUCAAACUGAUGUGUGUGUAUAUGAAGAACUG